AUGUAUGAAGACAGACGCACCGAGGCGUCAUGUACCCUCAUCAACGAAGAGCCAAAGGAAGCUCCGAGCAAACGACAUCUAUCUAAAUCUCACACGAUCAUACUCGUUGCAGACUCUAGUCUAUCAGCAUCAUCACAUGUGGCAGUUGCAUCGGCAUUCAGUCGAACAAAUCUCUCGUCAUGGCCUGUGAACGCCUUCCUUCUAAUGUCCACGACAUUCCAACCAUUAUAUGCCCGUGUAUCCGAUCAUCUCGGCCGCAAGAUACCAUACCUCACUGCCUCGGUGCUUUUUUUAAGUGGAUUAGUUGUAUGCGCCAAUACAGAUAUAUGGGCUGGUCUUAUCUUCGGGCGUGCAGUCUCUGGUCUAGGUACAGCGGGGGUUAUGACCAUGGGUACUCAUAUUCUCAAUACCAUAGUGAUGGCAAGAAGAUGCGGCUGA